CUCCCCGCGCGGCGCUGCAAGGCUGGAGCUUGUUUCCGCCCAAGGACCUGACUCGUGGCCACGCCCCUAGCAACCAACGAGCCAAUGGAGGAGGACUUAGUGGUUGCUAAGGGAAACCGCUAGCGGCGAAGAUGGCAGCUGCCAGGCAAGGAAUCCUGCAGCGCCAGGACCCGCCGGGGCGGCCGCCACAGGACGGUUACGGCGUCUACACGUUCCCGAACUCUUUUUUCCGUUAUGAGGGGGAGUGGAGAGGAGGCAAGACCCACGGCCGCGGGAAGCUGCUGUUCAAGGACGGGAGUUACUACGAGGGCGAGUUUGCGGACGGGGAGAUCGCGGGUGAAGGCUGCCGGCACUGGGCCGCGACAGGGAACACCUACUCCGGGCACUUUGUCCUGGGAGAGCCACAGGGCCACGGCGUCAUGACCUACGGAGCCGGGGGCUGCUACGAGGGGGCGAUGUCCCGCGGCAUGAGGGAAGGACACGGGUGUCUGGUGGACCAGGACGGGAACGUGUACCGAGGGUCUUUCCACAGCAACAAGCAGCACGGCCGAGGGCACAUGGCCUUUCGGAACGGGGACUCGUACGAGGGCGACUGGGUCCGGGGCCAGCGCCAGGGCCACGGCGUGCUGCGCUGCGCGGACGGCUCCACCUACGAGGGGCAGUGGCACCACGGCAUCUUCAGUGGCCUGGGCAGCAUGGCCCACUGCUCCGGGGCGGUCUACCGCGGGGUAUGGAUCAACGGCCACCCGGUGGCGCGAGCCGCGAGGAUCGCGGUCCUGGGCCCGGAGAUGCUGCGUGUGGCCCCCGGCGCUCCCUUCACGGUGCGCGUCCAGCUGCAGCAGGAGGACGGGGCCGUGGCCGAGAGCGAGGACGGCCGGGUGCUGAGGGUCUCGGCGGGCGUCAGGUACGUGCAGCUCCCGGCCUACUCGGACAUCUGCUUCUUCCGCGUGGACGGGGACAGACGGGAGGCGCCCAUCCAGACCCCAUUUGGGUUCGAGUGCAUCGCCUACCCGCUGUCCAGCCCCUCACGCAGUGGCCUGGAGCCCGGAGCUGCCCCGGAAAGUGCCGGAGACCAGGAGGCAGCGCUGACAUCAGACGCCUUGCGAGGCCAGGGGGACCCGCCCGGCGGCCUGCCUGGUUCCGACAGUGAGGCCCGACGGGAAGAGGAUGAGACGCGGCCUGCGCCGACCCCGGCCUGCCAGCGUGCCAGCGCCGGGCCCCUGGCCGCCGUGCGCAGGCGGCAGGGAGCCCAGGCCCUCCCCUCCCUGCGUUCUCCCGGGCCCGCGCCGCACUUCAGCCGCCGGCUCCCCGACCCGGGGGCCUCUUCGCAGCGGCAGCGUCUGCCCAGGCCCCCGACGCAGCCACAGACGCCCCUCCUUUGGCUGAAGGACGGGGAACACGGGCUUCUUCUGCAGACAGAAGCGCAGGCCCACAGCCCACGGCUGCGGCACGAGACCUCAGGCCCCGACCGGCCGCACAGAGGCCCCACGCCACAUCAGGCCACGGCUGCCCACCGGCCGCCCGGGGCCCAUGGCCUCCUCCUGCAAGUGGCCCUCACGUCAGAGAGCUGCAGCCGGCCACCCCACCACAGGCCACCUCGUGGUCCCCGACACCUCUGUCCAGGGCCGUCUGAAAGCCCCCGGGACCACGAGAACGGAGCGGCUUCUGAGCGGCUGCCCGCCACAGACAUCCGCCACGCCCACCUCUCCGGGCCCAGCCGGGCCACGCGUCCUCUCGCCAGCCGGCCUCUCACUGGAGACGCCCCGGGGUGCUGGGUGCGGCGCCCGGGGCAGCAGCUCUCCACACUCAGCCCCGUGCGGGAAGAGCGUGCGGGUUUCGCUGUGGCAGCCUCGGCCCCGGUGACGGGUCUCCAAACCGCGGGGCCCCGAGGGGCCCUGCACACGCACGCACACCCCAUGCGGGGCACUCGGGCGGAGGAAGACAGGCCCCAGCACGCGCUGCCGGGGGAAGAGGGGCCCGGCCCCGCGUCCCUUGUGGUGGCAGUCCGCACCGCGCUGAUCCUGCGCACUGCCGCCGCUACAGCCGACGUCUCCGCGCACCGGAGCCGGGCCUCCGCUCGUGGGCCCGGGCUCCAGGCCGUCCUGGCCGGGAGUGCCCCCGGAGACAUGCAGGGGCCCCCGCAGGCCGGGCAGGACCCUCCGUCCCAGUGGCCGCCGGCCACCCAGGGGGCAGGCGGACGCAGUGCCCGCUGCCCGGAGGACUGCCGGCGGGUGCAGCGCGGCCGCGCCGAGUUCCUGGACAUCCGCCUCGGGCCCCCCCCGCCCGGGUACCACCCCGUCCCGUUCCUGGACGGCCUGCGUGAGAAGGCGAGCAGCGGGCCCGGGGGCGGCCUGGGCCCCGGGACGGGGACGCCCACCGUGCAGGACCCACCCGGAGGCAGCAGGCCGGACGGGGCGGCCGGGGCAGCGCCGGGGACAGCGCCGGGGACAGCGGCCUUCCCAGGAGAGUACGUCAUCAUGGUCCGGGACGUGACCGCCCCACCGUUCCUGGGCCGCUCGCUGCCCACCGCCUUCCAGCACCUUCGGGUCUCUGCCACGGGUCCUGGCCCGCAGCCCCCCGCCCCCGGAGAAGGCCCCACAGCCCAGGACUAG